CUCAAUUUGGUCAUAUUUUAAAUAGGUCCCUGUAGACUUUUCUCUCUCAGAAAUCUCUCCCUGUUACUUCAAUAUUCGAUAAGCUCUUUUUUAUUUAUCCCCUAAUUUACUCCUUGAGGGUUUUUUUAUUUCAUUAACCAAAUCGAAAGCUGCGUGCCUGUUUCUUCUUCGCCAUUUCUGGAGACCAUUGAUCGUUCACUGCAGCUGCCUUUUUCUCCAGCAACGAAUAGCCUCUCAUUACAGAAUUAAAGUUUGAAGGAAGGAUGGGUUGUUUCACUGUUUUGAAGAGUAAGAAAAAGAAGCCUGAUCGAUCGGUUAGCAUUACAAGAGUCAGUCCUAAAGAGUAUUCACCAACUACAUUGCCUGUGCCACAAGUCCCGACUCGGUCACUGCAGUCUGCACCUCCUAGUUUUAGGACUAGAGUGAAACCAGUUCAACCAGUUAAUAGCAUCACCAACAGUAGAGCACGGGCAUUAUCAGCACCAUCAACCCUUGAUGCAGCUGAGCAGGAUGCUCUUUCUUCAGCUGAUUAUGAUGAACAGGAGGAUUCAAAGAGCCGAGCUGGACGCUCACAAAGUGCACAACCUCUUCCUCUUCCCUCACCUCAGGUUUCUGGUGCACUGAAGGCUUCAGGAAGCUUUAAAGUAGGGAAUGCUAGUGGGCCUCUCUUUGCUUCAGGACCUUUGCCGCUGCCUCCUUCAGGGGCACUCAGAAACUUUUCAUAUGAAGAAGUCACUUCUGCUUGCCUUAAUUUCUCUUCUGAUCGUUGCAUGUCAGAAGGUCUUUCUUCCAUAAUGUAUAGGGCUUCAUUUGGGGAUGACCCUUCAUGCUCAAAGAAGUUUGAAGCCACUGUUACUCGUCUUCAUCCAUCCACUCAGUUUGCUUUUCAGGGUCUGAAGGAAUUCAUAAAUGAAGUGAACACUCUUGCGUCUUUGCAACAUCCAAAUCUAUGUAAAUUGCUUGGUUAUCAUGCACGCGAAGGUUCGGAACAAAGAUUUUUGGUUUAUGAAAGGCUCUUUCAUGGAAGCUUGGACCGGCUUCUUUAUGGGAGAGCUGAUGGCCCUCCCAUUGAUUGGAAUACAAGAAUGAAAAUUGCAUUGUGUGCUGCACAAGGUCUUACUUUCUUGCAUGAGGAAGGCCCUUUCCAGGCUAUGUACAAUGAAUUUUCUACUGUCAACGUACAGAUUGACAAAGACUUUAGUGCGAAGCUUUCAGGAUAUGGCUGUGUUGGUCACAUUCCUGAAACGGAGAUUAACAGUUCAGUUGCAGUGGCCAAUCUAUCAGUGGAGACAUUGGAGAGAGGCUUGCUUACUCCAAAGAGUAAUGUAUGGAGUUUUGGAAUUGUUCUUCUUGAACUACUCACUGGGCGAAAAAAUCUUGAUAGUCGCCGUCCCAAGGAAGAGAGAAACUUAGUUAAGUGGAGCCGCCCUUUUCUAGCCGAUGAUUGUCGAUUAUCACUUAUCAUGGAUCCUCUGCUAAAAGGCCGUUUUCCUCCCAAAGCGGCUCGGAAAGUGGCUGACAUUGCUCUAAGAUGUCUUCAGAAUGACCCAUUAGAAAGACCAACCAUGAGAAUUGUUGUCGAGAAUGUCAAAUUCACACAGGACGUCAAAUAUUCCUGUCGCUUUCCUCUUCAGGAGCCAGCUGCAAUUUCAGGAAAACAGAUGUCAAGAUCCCCAAGUCUUAAUGGUAUCAUAACCCCAGCUCCAAGGUUAAGCUCCUCUCCAUCCCUUCCAUCUGGACCUCGGGCAUCCGUUUCUACUGCAAAGCUGCAUGCUUUGCCCCUGGCUCUCCCACCUCGUGCUUGUUCCUCCACCCUUGCUUUGGAGGAGCUUGAUAGGCAGGAGUCUCGGAAAUCAGCAUCAUCUUUGCCCCUGGCUCUCCCACCUCGUGCUUGUUCCUCCACCCUUGCUUUGGAGGAGCUUGAUAGGCAGGAGUCUCGGAAAUCAGCAUCAUCGACUGUUCGAAGAGCCAGUGUUGAAGGAUUUUGAUUGUUUUUGUGCAUUCUCCUUUUUGGUGGGUUUUGAUUCUUCACAAUUAUAUAGAAGAUAAAGAUGGGUGGUUCUUCCACCUUUGGCAUCCCUCUAGGUGAUUGGAUGGAGCCUGGAGGAUGCUGUUUUUGUAGAUAAAGUGCAAGCCUAAUUUUGACUGGAUUCAAUUAGUUCACAAAAAUCCAUGCUUGUGCUAUAUCUUACCAGUA